CUCAUCUGUUUGUAUGCAUUGUCUAUUUUUUUCCUAGUAGGCUGAAAUGACUGACUUUGUUCUUAAUUCUGUAGUACAUGGCAAUUGCUGAGAGCUACAGAACUCACAUGCUGCAAAGUAAUUCGCUACUACCUACACAGGAAGAACAAAGGGUAAUGUUGUGCAAUAGGUUAAGAAUACAGCGCACAAAAUGUAUCUUAAGAGGUGCAGUAAAGCCAAAGCAACAAAUGGAUAACAUGAACGUCUGCAAAAUUAUUCAGCUGCAAAGCAUUUGCACAGCUCUUUUGUUGUUUGAAAUGGUUACAGGUAUGCAAUUUGUGACAGCAGUCAUUGGAGAGAAGGUUGUUCUUAAUUGCACUAAUCACAUGCUAGAAGUGAUCACUGCUGUAAUUUGGAAAUUUGACAAAGAAGGAUCCAACUGUUCUUUUGUCUGGACAGCUGAGGGAAAUAUGAGUUCAAGUAAAUGUGAACUGGCAGGCAUUACACUGUUUACAAAAUACCUCCAAAUAUUCCCAGCUGAGCUGAGUCAUACAGGAAAUUAUACUUGUCGAUAUGAUUAUAACCGUGGACAUGAAUGUGUGGAAUACAACUUAACAGUAACAGGUAGGAAAUGCAUUUUUGUGAUUAAAGUAAGAUUUUUCUGUGACAAAGAUGUAGGUAUGGAAAAGACCCACAUGGAAGUUAGAAGGAUGGAUAGUACAGUGAGUAACGGACAUCUACGUAGCUGA